UAUUCUAACCGUUCGCGUGUGAACAUCUAUUGUCACAGUUUUAAGCAACCUUAAUAAGAUUCAUUUGAUCGGUGAAGAACUUCAGUUUUUGUUUUAAAUUUAUCUAUAAUACAUGUUGUAACAAGUUGCUGCAAUAAACCACAGCAUGUAGUCUUUUAGUAUGCGUUUAGUGUAAGAAAUAAGGUGUGCUUCGUCGUGGCACAGGCACAGGUGGUUAGUCAUCGAAACCGCACCUAAACAAGUGCGUCCGAUAGCAAACAAGAAAGUGUUUAGACUAAGCGAGAUAAGACAACUUCGUGUGUUUUAAUGUGGUCAACCCCCAACCCGCGAUGGAACGUCAAAUGCAUGGCUUCAGUGUGGGGCUAUUACUAGCCUCUUUGUUAUUAGUGGGAUUUGUGAAAACUGCCCCCGUAAACUACAACAUUCCGGACGAACUUAUUCACUGCUAUCGCGGCAAUGGAACGCUGCCGGGGCCACCACACACGCUACCGUAUCUGCUCGAGCUGAUACGAAAGAUCGAGCGCCAUAAUCCUACCACGCUAGAUAUGCGCAUGCUCAGUGCUGAACUCAUUCACCGGCUGCGCGUCGAUGGCAUUGAGAAGGUUCCGGAUGUGGCUGAAACGGAAUGGGUCACACCGCACAGUCCGCGUGGCAUAAUGGUACCGAAGUAUGCACUUCAGCGGCAACUCGUAUCGAACGUACCGGGCCGUAUCGAUUUCGAAGCCUUCCUAUCGCCGUUCGAAAUCUGCAACCUGCACCGCAUGUUGAGCAGUUCCGUCGAACCGUUCCAGCGCGAUGACGAACGGCUCACCUGUCCACUCACGCUGAUGAGCAACGAUGGCAAUGUGCAGGCGCCAUGGAUCACACAGAACAAAUCGCAGAAGAGCAACACCAAUCAGACCACGUUCGCGCGCCCCCUAUCCCGCUGUCCGCUCGAGCGUGGAACGUGCCACACCGCCGACUACGGUACGUUUGCACCGGGCAUAGUCAUCAUGUCGAUUGCGGCCGGUCUCCAACCCCAGAACGUCCUGAUCAGCGAGUUCGUGACGGCAUACCGGAAGAAAAAUCCGUACGAAAAUCUCGAAACCAUGGACAAGGUGGACACACGCAAGCAGCUGGACAAACUGUUCGCUUCGCUCGAAUCGAUCGACAACAUGUACGCGGCCGGCCUGGCGGGCGAUCUGGCCGAGGUGUGCCUGUACCAGGGGCCAGCCCUUAUGCGGGACGUUGUGAUCGGGCUGGCCGGCAGCUGGAACGAUACGUACUUUCCGCGCGCCCGCUACCUGAGCGAAGCGCACGCCGGCCGGUGGGAAAUGAUGGACAGUGAAAUGCUGGCCGGUAUCGAUGGGUUCUUUCUGGCCCAGCAAACACCCCAGCUGUACAAACGUUUGCGGCGUUUGCGGCUUUCGCAGGUGCUGGAAAUGUACUACAGUGAGCGUGGCAUACCGGUAACUGCCAUCGAAACGGUUUCGCAGCGGCGGCGCAUCGGGCCGGGCCACGCUAGACCACCGAAGCGGGCCCAUGCGCCGGUUGCUCUACGAUCUGCGGUCAAUCCGGACGACGAGCGUGCAAGGCAGUUUAGUGCGAGCGCAAUCGGUGCGACACGAUUCCACGCCGUGUUUGAUGGGGAAGAGGUGGAGGAAGAAGCGCGCCAAAGGCAAUCGGUGGAUGUGACACGUGCCUGCCAGCGGAAAGACAUUUUGCGCUCGAUCGAAACGGAUAAGCUGAAGCAGGAAACGUACAAGUUUGUGGAGCUGUUGCAGUACACGACGGGCAGCGUGAUCGUGGACGAGCGUUUGAUGCAGAACAUCUGCAACGCGACGGUAGAUAAAUUUGUGGAUCAAGCUAACCUGUUACUGGACACGGUGUCGGAAUGCUCGUCGGUAACUGCGGAGGCUGGUAGGUUUGGUGCCAAACCAAACGUGGAUCUUACGGUCGUGCUGGACGGUUCCCGGGAUGAGUAUCGCAAUCUGCAGCUCAUAUCCUGGUUGGUGGAUCUUAUCGACGUCUCCAGCUACGGUUCAUCGCUGUCCGUUGUACACGGUACCACCGGUGAAUAUAUGGUGAACAAGACGCACAGUAUUUCUACCGCGUUCGAGCAACUGCUACGGCUUCAAGGAUCGUUUCCUCGGCAGCUAUCGCUCUCUAGAAGCUUUGCCUCGAUCGUCAGCACGCUUGCUGCACAGAUGGACGAAGAGCGAUCGAAUUUUACCGUCGGUUCCAAUGCACCCGUCGUGCUGGUAUUCGCUCAAUCCCACCGUAUAGCAAAUGCUGACUUUGAAAGUGCCCGGCGUAUACUGCGCGGAUCGUUCGAACAGUUUCCCGACCUUUAUUUCGGCUUUGUCACUAACGAUGGAGCCACCUUCCGGCAGUUAACAAAUUUUACCGGUACAACGCACAGCCGUUCGGUGGACGAACAUUAUCACAUCAUCGAAACCUCGCAAACGCCGAUCGAAGGGUUUGCGACCGAUCUCGCGCAAAUGUUACGCCACAUUCCCCAACGCCUCAUGGCGCCCAAUUGUCACACGGACAGUAAUCGUGACUUGUGGCGGUCAGCGGUGAUUCGCGAAGAGUACGAACAGUACCUAUCGCCGGGUGUUGAGCUGCGGUACCGGUUGAGCCAGCUGUUCCUGCGCAACAGUGAGAACGUGCGGGUACAGUUCAUGAACACCGAUUACGGUGAGUUUACCGUGUGCGAAGGGCGCAACCAUCGAGUCGCACCGGAUAGCUGCCAAACGACGGGUCCCGGCGCGGAAAGCCUUUGGUUCAAUCAUACCCGGCCGUGUGAUGGCGUGCUGGAUCAUGAGUGCCGAUCACUGUACUACACGGUACGGUUGGAAAGUUCGAAUGUGCUGUGCAAUGAAAACGAUUGCCGGUAUCCCGAUCAGGUACGGUUCGUUAUACGGCACGAGGGUAUUCGAUGUAUGAGCGAUGGUAACGGUGUUGGAGGGACGCCUCUUUUGCACUCUCCUUGGAUGGUGUUUUGUAUAGCGACGAUAGUAAGAUUAUUUAUUUAAGAUGGAAUAAUAUUGUACAACCGUUUUUUUUUUCUUCUGACACCAUCUGUGUUCGAUCUGACCUGACCGUAUCGGGCGCUAAGAUGUUUUACUGAGAAAGGGUGCGUUUGAUCGACAAUUGUUUUUUCCAAAUAUAGCGAAACUGUACAGAAAACAACAAA